GUAAUCAGUUUUGUGGAGAAUCUGUAUCUUUAUUUUCCUUUACUGUGCUGAUUAAUAAUUUGUAAUUUAUUAUAAUCGAUAAAAAUCUUCAUGGAAACGCUUAUACUUAUGUAAUUAAUACAGUUCAACAGAAUUUGGACUACCUACAAAAAUAGACUGUCCUUCAGCCAAUGACGUACGAACCACACGUACGGUACAGCCGGAGCGAGUUCACGAGAGUUUUUGCAUUGACAGCUUAAUUCCUUGAAUUCGUCGUGAAUUCAGAGUUCAUUUUGAUCGAAUAAUGGCAUGUUUUUUUGACAUGAGAUAACUUAUUCGUAAUGGAGCAGAGGUUGAGGACAGACUUGAAGGUGUGUCUUGCCUUGCUUUGCGGAUUACCGGGCGCAGGUAAAACAUCCCUCGCAGUGGCCCUGAGGCUGAAGAAGAUGGGACGUCACCUUGUCCUGAACUCAUCUCCUGCCGUGGACGUUGGCCAUGAUGCGGUCCACCAAUGCCCAACGGAGGCAGUCCUUCAUCUGUGCUACGAUGACGUCAUUCCAAGACAACUGGAUUUGGAGUCGGAAGGAGGACAGAGUUCCUGUCUGGAUGAAACUGCUAAUCAAAGUUUGUCAUCAGUAUCUCUGUGGAAGGCCCACAGACAAGAGAUAAUCCGCUGUGUGGAUUGCAUCCUGGCAAGACUGAAGACUGGCAAAGUGCUGGACAUCACUGCCGCCUUGGAUGAACAAGAACUCUCCCACUUCAGAAGAGAAGUCUGGAGCAAGGUCCUGACAUCAAUGCAAGACCAGAUCGUCUCCCUCAAGCAACCUCAACCUACCUCAUGGGCAGAAGGCAAGCAGGUCCAACCUGCUUCGUCUGUGGUGCUGCUCAUUGAUGAUAACAUGUUCUAUCGGAGCAUGCGAUAUGAGUAUUACCAACUGGCAAGGAAAUACAACACAAGCUUCUGUCAAGUUUAUCUACAGUGCAACACAGAGGUAGCCCUGGCCAGAAAUAGCCAGCGUCGUAACGUCGUUCCGGAGGAAACGGUCAGGAAAAUGGCCAACAGGAUGGAGGUUCCCGAUCGGCAGGUUGCAUCGUGGGAAAAACACACCCUAUGCAUCGAGGCGAAAGGUUUAGAGAAUGAAGCAACACUGUCUACAGUUUGGGCUCUGAUUGCGGAAGCGCUACUGGAUCCUGUUUUACCCAUGGAAGUGGAGAACGCUGAAGAAAGGGAGGCGAGUCGUGUAGUGUGUGCUGCAAGUGCCAUCCACCAGGCGGAUCAGUCGCUCCGGAGAUGCGUGGCCGAAGCGGUAACAGCUGCCAAAGAGGGAGGAUCACUCUCCAAGGCCGAGCUAAGGAACCUGGGGUCAAAGCUCAACGACGUACGGCAGACGGUGCUGCAGAAGAUCCGCACCCGUGAGAUCUGGCCACCGCCACUGGUCGCCGCAGCAGUAGAUCAUCCCGACAACGCAGAGCGGUGCAGUGACUUUUACGCCUUCAUCCGGAACUUGUUUCUGAAAGAGCAGCAGGCCAGUUGACAACAAGGAACUGUUGAAAAAAAACAAAGCACAAGUGACCUUAGGCCACACUGCCAUCUGUUAUUCCUGUGUGGAUUGCGUGCACAAGUGCCCCCUCGUGGGUGACAAAUGGAAAGGCCAGGCCAUCAAACUCCGUCACUGCUUCCAACUUAGUGCACGCACAGGCCUUUUCCAAAAUUUCUUGCAUGUGCUCCAUGCAACAAUCACAUUAAAAAUUAUAUCAGGUGUUUCAGCCCAACAAAUGUCAUCAGCAGGUAAAAGGUAACAGAUGGAGCCCAUAGUGAUCUACCCAGGUAAAAAACUGUGCGAGAAAACUAGCGAUAGUGAAUUCCAGACGACUCACAGGAGUAUUUUGAGUAGAGUUUUGGAAGAACUCAAUUCUUUCAAGACCUUCAGGAAAUCUCACCCCUUCCUAUUGAACUGCACGGCAGAGGACAAUUUGUCUUUUCUCCGACUUCAUCUCUGCCAAGCUUGAAUGGGAAAAAAUGUCAAUAAAACAAAAAGGAAGCCCCGUGACCCAAUCAACGAUGGACACUUGUUCAAGGCCGACCGGAAAAAUGCACAAUAGCAGUGAAGUUUUCUUCAGUUUCAUGCAUAAAUGCAGGUGUUUGCAAAACAGACUUCAGAGACAAAAGAGUCGGCACAAAUUAGUUUGGUACAAAAUCACAUUUUGUACUCCACUGUUUUAUUUAAUAACAUCAAAGAAAUCUGUGUAAACCA